CUCAGUCAGUGUCCAGGUAAUGCAGGCACAUCGAGCCGCCACCUCAGUCCAUAGGUCACAUUAUAGGAUGAUGAUCUUUAACACGAGAAGCGUUGAAUGAGACUGAAAGAAAACUACAGUGCAUGUUCCACAGAGAGAAUUAAGUGUUGCCGAGUAAGUCAUUCUCCGUUCCCGCUGAUUUUUCAUUUAGAUAGGAUUAUGUCUUGUUUUCUAUGGUGUCAAUGACAUAUAUGGACCAAGGACUCUGGGCAAAGUAUCCAAUUCACAAGGGUAUCAUGGCAACCCAUCUCUCAAAGGAGAAAAAACCUGCUGAAGGAAGAAAACACCAAAACAUGCAAAAUGAUACUAAAGUAUCUCAAGGCCAGUGGGGAAGAGCAUGGGAGGUGGACUGGUUUUCCUUGGCAAGCAUCCUUUUCCUGCUCAUGUUUGCACCACUGAUUGUGUAUUACUUCAUCAUGUCCUGUGCCCAGUACCAGUGCUCUCUGACUGAUCCACUCCUGGACUUGCUGACGGGGAAUAAGCAUCUGUCUGACAUCUGGAACAGCACUCCCACACUGACCUAUAGGGCUGCUGUCAUCUAUUCCCUGUGGGUCACUUUCCAGGUGGUUUUGUACUUGUUCAUUCCUGAUUUCUGCCAUAAAUUUCUCCCUGGAUAUGUGGGAGGUGUACAAGAAGGUGCUAUCACCCCUGCUGGUGUUGUAAAUAAAUAUGAAAUCAAUGGACUUCAGGCCUGGAUCAUUACCCAUGUGCUUUGGUUUGCAAAUGCUUCUUGCUUCCACUUCUUCUCACCUACCAUCAUUUUUGACAACUGGAUUCCUCUCCUGUGGUGUGCCAAUAUCUUGGGAUAUGCAGUGUCCACGUUUGCAAUGAUUAAAGGCUACUUUUUCCCUACCAAUGCCAAAGACUGCAAAUUCACUGGAAACUUCUUUUAUGACUACAUGAUGGGGAUUGAAUUUAACCCUCGAAUAGGGAAGUGGUUUGAUUUCAAGCUGUUCUUCAAUGGGCGCCCUGGGAUUGUGGCCUGGACUCUAAUCAACCUUUCCUUUGCUGCUAAACAACAGGAGCUGUAUGGUCAAGUGACAAACUCCAUGAUCCUUGUCAAUGUCCUCCAGGGUAUUUAUGUUCUGGACUUCUUUUGGAAUGAAGCCUGGUACUUGAAAACCAUUGAUAUCUGCCAUGAUCAUUUUGGAUGGUAUUUGGGCUGGGGAGACUGUGUUUGGUUGCCUUACCUCUAUACAUUGCAGGGUCUGUAUUUGGUUUACCAUCCCGUCCAGCUGUGCACAGCUCAUGCCAUAGGGGUCUUGAUGUUGGGCUUGCUGGGUUAUUACAUCUUCAGAAUGACCAACCACCAGAAGGACCUCUUCCGUCGCACCAGUGGCAACUGCAGGAUCUGGGGGAAGAAGCCUCAGUACAUCGAGUGCUCCUACACGUCCGUGGAUGGCACCAAGUACCACAGCAAGCUGAUGACCUCCGGAUUUUGGGGCUGGGCACGUCACUUCAACUACACAGGAGACCUGAUGGGUUCGCUGGCCUAUUGCCUGGCUUGUGGCUUUGAGCACCUCCUGCCUUACUUCUACAUCAUUUACAUGACCAUUCUGCUCACCCACCGCUGCCUGAGGGACGAGCACCGUUGUGGCAGCAAGUAUGGGAAGGACUGGAAGCGCUACACUGCUGCAGUGCCCUACCGGCUCCUACCCGGGGUGUUUUAAGGCUAACACAGGAGGCAGGGGAAAGGAAAAAGAAGAAACAUGCAGGCAUGCCGUGCUAAGGGUAACUCAAGUAUGGCACUGAACUGGCACAUUUUUUUAGAAGACUCUUUUAAUUGGAAUACCCCUCUGAAUCUCCCCAUUUCCAAAUUAACUUGGAGUUUAAGAAAAGAUGCAUGUAUUUAGACACCUGAGAAAUCCCAAAGCUGGAAGGUGGCCUUACCCUUGAUAGUAGCAGGGUUCUGGAAGCAGUUUGCAGUGCUUCAGGAGAGAAGAUAAAGAGUUCUGUCAUCUCUUUAGGAAAGAAGUUUUCUGAUGCAGUUGCUUAUGACCAUCAGAACCUACACUUGGGAAAAAGUGCAAAGGAGGCUUGAUUGUUGGUUGCUUGUCAAGAAAUGAACAGUGAAAAUACUGAACUGGAGAAGCUGGUCUGAAAUAACUGUUAUAAUCUAAAACAAAAGUGAAAACUGUUACAAAUUAGUGCAAUUUUCAGCACCUGACAAUAGGGAACAUGACCAACUGAGUUUUUAUUUUGCUACUGAAACCAGACUUUGUGAAGCUACUGAGCUAUGGUUGGGCUGGAAUGGAGUUAAUUUUUUUCAUAGUAGCUGUUAUGGGCAUAGUUAUGGAUUUGAACUGAGACAGUGCUGAUAACACAGGGAUGUUUUCACUACUGCUGAGCAGUGUUUACACAGCAUCAAGGCCUUUUCUGCAUCCUCACCCCACAUGCCAGGGAGUGGGCUGGGUGAGCACAAGGAGUUGGGAGGGGUCAUGGGCAGGACAGCUGACCCCAAUUGACCUAAGGAAUAUCCCAGGCCAUGUGGCAUCAUGCUCAGCUCAUAAAGCUGGAGGAAGAAGGAAGUGGGGGAUGUCAGGAGUGAUAGUAUUUGCCAUUCUAAGUCACCAUUACAUGUGAUGGAGACCUGCUUUCAUGGAGAUGGCUGAACAUCUGCCUGCAGGUGACAGGUGGGGAAUAGAUUCCUUAUUUUGCUUUGUUUGUGUGCAGUUUUUUCCUUUACCUAUUAAACUGUGUUUAUCUCAA